AUGGCACCCCGAGUCUUAGAUCCCUCUUUGCCUUUGCGCCCAGGCCCUGACAAGGAUCUGCCACAAUAUCCAGAGCCAUUGAAGCUCAGUGGCGCAUUGGAGCAAUUCGCGUUCGAAGACACAACGCCAGUUAUUGGUCGCGAGUUCUUGGACGUGAAUAUUGUCGACGACCUCCUCAAUUCUCCGAACUCUGAUGAUCUAGUCCAGGACCUCGCUAUUACAAUCUCCCAGCGGGGUGUCGUUUUCUUCCGGGCUCAGGACAACCUCACGGAUGAUCUACAGAAGCAGCUUGUUCACCGGCUCGGACAGCUAGCUGGCAAACCGGCCGACUCGACUCUACACAUCCAUCCCGUUCUCAACAACACCAAUGAGUUUGGCGUCUCAGAUGCCCAAGUCAGCACGAUCAGCUCACUGGCGCGCAAGAAGAUGUUCCGCCACGAAAAUCAGCCUAACAAGCGCCGCUACGACUCGGCCCAGUGGCACUCAGACAUCCAGUUCGAGCCAGCGCCGGCGGACUAUACCUCCCUGCGGCUCACACAGCUGCCCAAGACAGGCGGUGACACACUCUGGGCUUCCGGCUACGAGCUCUUUGAUCGGUUCUCCAAGGCAUACCAAACGUUUUUCGAGGGUCUCACCGCGAAAUACGUCGGGACAGGCUUCAUCGACGCCGCCGAGGCGGACCCGGUCAAUGUGAAGAUCUACACCGAGCCCCGGGGCAGUCCAUUGAACAUCGGCCGCGAGCUGGCGACGGUGCAUCCGAUUGUGCGCACGAAUCCAGUCACGGGUUGGAAGAGCAUCUUCGCCGUGGGUCCGUUCCCCAAGCAAAUCAAUGAGCUGAGCCCGACCGAGUCGGACGAGCUCCUGAAGAAGUUCUACAGCAUGAUCUUGGAGAACCACGACCUGCAGGUGCGGUUCAAGUGGAGGAAUCCGAAUGACAUCGCGAUCUGGGAUAACAGGUGCGCGUUUCAUACGGCGACGUUUGAUUAUGAGGGACUUGGAGAGCGAUUUGGGCAUCGGGCAGUUGGAAUUGGCGAGAAGCCCUACUUAGAUCCGCGAAGCACGUCGCGGGCUGAAGCCUUAGCUGGAGAGAAUGUUUGA